UCAGUGCGCGGCCGCCCGGGCAGGGCGGCGGCAUGGGGCGGGUACAGCUCUUCGAGGUCUGCCUGAGCCACGGUCGCGUCGUCUACAGCCCGGGAGAGCCGCUGGCGGGGGCCGUGCGCGUGCGCCUAGGGGCGCCGCUGCCCUUCCGAGCCAUCCGAGUGACCUGCAUGGGCUCCUGCAGGGUGUCCAACAAGGCCAAUGACGCAGCAUGGGUAGUGGAAGAGGGCUACUUCAACAGUGCUCUGUCGCUGGCUGACAAGGGGAGCCUGCCAGCUGGUGAGCACAAUUUCCCUUUCCAGUUCCUGCUUCCUGCCACAGCGCCCACGUCCUUUGAGGGCCCCUUUGGGAAGAUUGUGCACCAGGUGCGGGCCACCAUCGACACACCACGUUUUUCCAAGGAUCACCAGUGCAGCCGUGUGUUCUAUAUUUUGAGCCCCCUGAACCUGAACAGCAUCCCAGACAUUGAGCAACCCAACGUGGCCUCCACUACCAAGAAGUUCUCCUACAAGCUGGUGAAGACGGGCAGCGUGGUCCUCACUGCCAGCACUGACCUCCGUGGCUACGUGGUAGGGCAGGUGCUGCGGCUGCAGGCUGACAUUGAGAACCAGUCAGGCAAGGACACGAGCCCUGUGGUAGCCAGUCUCCUGCAGAAAGUGUCCUACAAGGCCAAGCGCUGGGUCCAUGAUGUGCGGACUAUCGCAGAGGUAGAGGGUGCAGGUGUCAAGGCCUGGAGUCGGGCACAGUGGCAAGAGCAGAUCCUGGUGCCUGCCCUGCCCCAGUCAGCCCUGCCAGGCUGCAGCCUCAUCCACGUGGACUACUACCUGCAGGUCUCCCUGAAGGUGCCUGAAGCCACCGUGACCCUCCCUGUCUUCAUCGGCAAUAUCGCUGUGAACCACGCCCUGAUGAGCCCCUGGCCAGGCCCAGGGCUGCCUCCUGGGGCGCCAGUCCCCGUGGUGCCCUCGGCGCCGCCCCAGGAGGAGGCCGAGGCUGCAGCCAGCAGCCCCCGCUUCGCAGACAUAGUCUCCCUCUCCACGGAGAGCCACUCACAUGAGCAGCCGUUGCCUGCUGCCUUUGGCUCUGUGCCUGGUGCCCCUGAACCCCGUCCUCAGGAUGGCAGCCCUGCCCCCCACGCAUUGCCCCCUCCCUUGUGCAUCUCCACAGGUGCCACUGUCCCCUACUUUGCAGAGGGUUCUGGAGGGCCAGUGCCCACCACCAGUACCUUGAUCCUGCCCCCAGAGUACAGUUCGUGGGGCUAUCCCUAUGACCUCGUUCUCUCUCCGCAGAGGCCCCGCCAUCCUAUGAGCAGAGCUGUGGUGGUGCAGAUCCCAGCCUGACACCCGGGAGCUGACCCUGUGCCACCUUCUCCGGGUGGGCUGACCUUUGCCCUGGGACCGGGCACCCAGGGCCUCGUGCCUUCUUCGCUCCCGGCCUGACCCGGCCCACUCAGGACCCGCUGCUGCCCGGCUGCUCCUUUCAGCCUCUGCCUAGGGACCAGCCUCUCCCCAGGGGCCUGGGGCCUGGAGAGAUGCCGUGUAAAUAAAGUGCUUCAUUUGUAGAGCUAGGCACAGGACAGCCUCUCGGGCACCCUCUUCUCGCCCGGUGCGCGGCAGCCUAGCCCUGGGGGCUGCUCCUGGGCAUGCACCCCCCUCCUGGUCCUGCUCGCCCUUCCUUCAGUCCUGGAACCCCGUCCAUGGGCCGCCCCAUCCUCUCCAGUGCAUGUGCCCCUCUCCUUGGUUCUGGGCCCUUCCUUCCAGGUGCCUAGAGCUUAGAAGACUGGCCCCGGGGAGUGGGACCAUCAUGGACUGACUGGGUACCUUUAACUCAGGCCAGGGCUGGUGCUCGUUCUCAUGGUUCUGCUUAAAGAUAUGCCCUCAGAGUGCGGCUUGCAUGUCUGGAGCCUUGGUGUUAAUUUUAACAUGUAUUUGUAACGUGGGGAGAAGACCACCCCUGUAAGGUUUUAUUGACACACUUUGGGCUUGCCCAUCCAGCACCCAUCGUUCCAGGUGGUGGAGUUCAGAUCUCCUGCACCAGAGGAAAUCCUGUGGGGGGUGACCAGGUGGGCUUGCCCACGUUCCCACACCUUGUGCUGUUCCCUUAUCCUUGGCCUCAAGUCUCAAGUUCCUGCUGUCACCACUGCCACCCACGUCUGGCUCUGAGGGAUACUGCUGCUCAUCUCCCAUGAACACCCAGGCCCAUGCCUGCUCCUGAGGUCCCUUUCAAAUGCCUGUUGUCUAGGAUUCAAGGAACCCAAGAACAAAUAAAGUCAGGGUUCGGCAGAGCAACGUUUACCAAAGGGGCAUCCUGCAGGUGUUCCAGUGCUGAGGGGAGGCCUGUAAAUGCCCAGUGAUCUGGACUGUGCUUUGGGAAAUACUGGAGGUGGGAUUAAGAUAAGACUUUGGGUUGAAAUUCUGUAUCUGACAUAUAGUGAGGGAGUGACCUUGGCUAGGUGUCUCAGUUACCUUAAUCUAUAACAAAUUUAUGGGACUAGGAGUGGACAUAUUGAACCCCCCCCAACCCCUCGCCCCUGGUUUAUUUCUUGUACACUUAACAGUUCAGAAGUGAAAGAUUUGGGCCUGGUGACAUAGCUGUUAUUCUCAAGUUGAGGCUUCCACCCCGGGGUCCAGGGUGGCCAUUCCAGAUUUCACCAUCAGCCAAUUUACUGGGCCUGUUCCUGUAACUUCUUGGGGGCUACAGGCUGGGAAGUAGAUUGUAUCACUUGUGCAAACAUCCCAUUGGCCACUCUUUACAAGUUGGAAAUGUGCUCCUUAGCCAGACAGCCAUGUACCUAGCUAAAAUGUUACUAUUUGUGGAACAUGGAGAGGAUGAACAUUGGAGAAAAGCUCAAAAUAUGCCACAGGGAGAAUAAUCUGUAAAACAUCCAUUAGCAGCCUCAUUGUUGGAAACCUGCCUGGCUUUCAACCCCAUCUCAGCGUCUCAACAGUUAGGCGGUCUUGAGGGCACUCAACUCCCUUGCUUUAGUUUGUUCACUCAACCCACGUCUCGGGACUGACCUGAUGGUUAUACAGUUCACAUGGCAUGUGUCAAAAACAGCCCUUGACAUAAGUGAUCAGUGAUCACACAAGGAUAGGGUAGGUUGGGCUGACAGUGCAAAAUGGGGACACAUUCACUUACAGUCGGUAUU